AUGGAGAACCAGGACGGCAGAUCGGUCGACAUUCCCAACGACGGCAACGCCCAUGCGCCAUCGCCCAAGCGAGCAAGUCCGUCCAAGUGUGACGUGAUAUCGUCGCCGUUGGCGAUCAUUCCAAUCACUGUGCAUCCCGACGUGACGAAGGAGGUCGAGUGUCAGUCGCCACCAAGCCAGGACUUGUGCUACGACGACGACGAAGAGCUUUCCCAGUUGCGACGUUACUACGAAGAAGACAAGAAAGAGUCCAUGAGACUGAAACUUCAUGCGUCGACAAAGGAAUGCAUGACGCAAUACGACUUGACAUCGCUGGACAAAGGUGACCUCGUCAACAUCGAACUCGGACCCCACGAGCGAUCCUGCACUUUCGGCCGCGAGGGCUAUACAUCGUGCCUUCAAAGUGCAGCGAUCACGUCACUGGGACUCAUCUGCUUGAGCUCGAGGCAUUGCUACAUUGAAUGGAAAGAAGAAGACGGUGCAUCACUAUACGUAACCGAUUUAAGCAGCACCAACGGCACAGUUGUCAAUUCGAAUCCUCUUGUACCCAAUGUUCCCACACGUGUCGUUCAUGGUGACAUUAUUCGCCUUGCAUACGCCAAGGAUCGGUCGCGUCGAAGCUGCAAGAUACAAUACGAAGUCGAAGAUCCCCGAUUAUGUCGCAUGGACACUCCAUGCAAAUCACCAGCGAUCGCACUUGGUCAUAACGUUCUGGGGAUUCUCUUCGCUGGUCCGUUGUGCUAUCAGGAUGGCCCGAAGUUACGCUCCCACGAUAUGUUGAACUUUCAAAAGGAAUACGACUGUCUCAAGCAUUCCCUAAUCUCUGCCGCGAAUACAACGUGGAAAGAUCACGUAAAUGGUGCGGGGGUCCCCAUGGUCCACGCUGCGCCUCCCAUCGAUGUGUCCGUGAGCUUCGCCACCAUGGACGCGCUUCACACGAUGGUUUCCUCCAAGUGCCGCGUCCUGCAUUACUCGGGGCAUGGAGCAACCAAUUGUCUCUACUUUGAGAGCGAUGACGAGCAAGGCAUGGCAGAUCCAAUUCCAUACGAUACGCUUGUGCAGAUUUUACGUGGGCCAGCUCAGCUUAACCUGCGACUGGUGGUGGUCAAUUCUUGCAAUUCUGAACACAUCGCAAAUGCGUUUGUCGAAUGUGGAGUGCCGCAUGUGAUAGCGAUUCGCGGUGAUUCGACGGUCGAAGAUUGCGAAGCGGUGCACUUUACCUCGGCAUUCUAUUUGAACUUGGCCAUGGGCCAGCUCUCAGUUGAGGCGUGCUUCCUGCACGCUUUGAAGACAAUUUCAUGGUCGCCCCAUCGCCUAGCGUCCACACGCACCACGGGCGUGGAGAAGUUUACACUACUUCCAACUCACCUCUAUCACAACGAAGUGAUCUUUCCGCACAUGGUCGUGCCGCGAUCGUUUCACGUUCCGUUUGAAGCGAGAUUUCCCAAUAUCUGGAAUAUUUCUCUCCCGACGCUGUGCCCAAACUUUCGAUUUCGCUCCAUUGAACAGCUGCGGCUGUGUGCAUACCUGACGGAAGAGAGUCACGUCAAGUACAAGCGCUGGGUAUGGGUCACUGGGCCGGCUGGCGUUGGAAAAACGCAAUUGGCCAACGCAUUAAUGGCAUAUUUGAGCCCUCGCAUGGCGUUUCUGGGUGGAGUGUACCACGUCAGCGUCGCUGAAUUGUGCGAAGAUGAUGCAUCAAUCAUGGUUGGACAAGAGAACCUCAAUCACCCCCACGAACGAAUCUACGACAAACUUGAGUGCUUGCUAGAUGAGUUGCGAGCGUGUGCAAGUCGACGAGUGCAGCGAUUGCACAAACUGACGCGGCACAUACAUGGUACCCCGAUGCUCAUUGUCCUGGAUGGGUGCGACACAUUACUCCUUGGAGAUGCCCAAAUGUUUACCACCUUUAUCAACACACAACUCACCGACAACAUUGGACUUAAGGUCCUGACGACCUCCGAGUACUUUUGCCAAACGGAUCGCGUCCACGACCAUGGUCUAUAUGUGUUUAAGACUCCGCCCAUGACACGAAGAGCGUCGGCAAAGUUGCUUGUGGACAUGGUGUUUCCUCGAAAGAUGUCAAUUCAUGGAAUGAAGCGAUCGCCGCUGUAUGAGCCAGGCAUGGAAGACACAAUCAAGAACUUGUACUCGGUAUUGGCCGCGCAUCCGGCGAUCCAAGAUUUGCGUGGCCUUCCUCGGGCCAUUUUUCGAUUCGCAACGACUUUGCUGGCACAAGACACAACACAAGCGUGUAUCUCGGUGGACGCACUACUUCACCCAUAAACGGGGUUUUAAUGCAAUCCUGCUGACACGACACCGGCAGCAUCUUCGUAGGGUGUUCUUGGACGACCUCGUGAAGACAAUGGGGGGACCGUAUACCCCUUGUACAUCGCCGAUGUAAACGUGGUCGAUCUAGCUGUCGUUUGGGGAGAUGCGUCAUGACGUGUGGUCGGCUGUUGGGGUGAUUCAAGUGGAAGUGGCGCACGGAUCGUCUUGAUCCGUGGCGAUCCACCCAGUGAAAAGGGUCGGGCCUUGGAGUAUCGCGGGGAUUCGAGCAUCGACAACGGCAAGUGGGUGGGUUUUGGUACGAUGCAUUUGGGAGUUUCCGAACGAAUGGAAGACGUGCGAGAUGUUUUGGGGCAUGAUGCGGGCGACGGUUUGAUCGGUGAGGACACGUUUUCCAUGGCGAGGGGUGGUAAGUGGUCAAAAAGCGAUAUGUCCGUUGCUUGGGAUUGCAAUGGCUUCGGAAACGCUGCCGGGGGUGGCGCCAACAACGCCUGCGACGUCAACUUCGACCGAACUAGCGCCAUGACGUUGGACAUUUUUCGAUCGUCGGCGUGGAGCUGGCGCGAAUGUUGAAACAAGUGGACUUGCGCCUUGCCGGGAGACUGCAAGUCGCUUCGAAAGUGCUGAAACGACGACACGAGUGAAUUGUGCUUCGUCGAAGUGAUCACGUCGCCAGGGUCCGUCCCCACCGCCGCUGACCGAUUCAUCGCCAUCGCAAGACGCUGGAUGCACCGGAGGAACUCGUGAAAGUUGAGAUCGAGCGACUCACGGCUCUCGGUCUUGGAAAACCCGACGUCGAGUUUGGCGGCGUUGUACUCUUGAACGAUUUCCUGCGCCAUGCAUUCCAAGCAAC